AUGAGCAAAGAUGACGACGGCCCAGAAAGCAGAGGGUCGAUAUCAAGGCCGUACGAUUGGCUGAACAACUUCCAGCGCGAUCUCAUGGCCGGGGCGGUGAUGGGCGGGGUUGUGCACACCAUCGUGGCCCCAAUCGAGAGAGCCAAGCUCUUGUUGCAGACCCAAGAGAGCAACUUGGCCAUUCUUGGGGGUGGACGUACGAGAUUCAAGGGCAUGGUCGAUUGUAUCGUCCGUACGGUUCGAGAAGAAGGCAUUCUCUCUCUUUGGAGAGGCAAUGGCAGCAGUGUUCUUCGCUACUACCCUUCCGUCGCUCUCAAUUUUUCCCUCAAGGAUCUUUAUAGAAAUGUGUUAAGAAGUGGACACUCUCACGAUGGUCAUUUUUUGUCUGGUCCAUCUGCUAACUUCAUUGCUGGAGCUGCUGCUGGCUGUACAACAUUGAUUAUAAUAUACCCACUUGAUAUUUCACAUACCCGCCUGGCUGCUGACAUUGGAAGAACUGAAGUCCGACAAUUUCGAGGCAUCUACCAUUUCUUGUCUACCAUUCUCCAAAAGGAUGGGAUUCGGGGGGUAUACAGAGGGCUUCCAGCCUCUUUACAGGGGAUGGUCAUCCACCGUGGCCUUUACUUUGGAGGCUUUGAUACGAUAAAAGAGAUUUUGUCAGAAAAGUCUGAACUUGAGUUGCCAUUGUGGAAGCGUUGGGCGGUGGCUCAGGCAGUCACAACCUCUGCUGGGUUGUUGUCAUAUCCACUGGAUACAGUUCGGAGGCGGAUGAUGAUGCAGUCUGGCUUGGAACAGAGGAUGUACAAUAACACAUUGGACUGCUGGAGGAAGAUAUAUAGAACAGAAGGGGUGACUUCAUUUUAUCGCGGGGCAGUUUCAAACAUGUUUCGGAGUACGGGUGCUGCUGCCAUUUUGGUUUUGUACGACGAGGUCAAGAAGUUCAUGAAUUGGGGUGGAUUAUAG